CUUCUUAGGAGGACGAAUUUGUGUGACUGACAAGACUGGCUCCAUUAAAGAGAAAGAGAAAAACUACUAGCUCAACAUCCUCAUUCUUUCAUCUUCUGGUUUUUUGGCAAUUUGAAACCUCCUCAACGGGUCGCUCAAGAGUCCUGGUUAUCAAUCCGUCUUUGCAUACGUGGUUGGCUGAAUAAUAUGGGACAACAGCAAGAGGAGACAAAGCCUGGCGCAGCACCGGGUGCCGCUUCUAACCGCACACUGGCCUUCUCGAGUCGCAUUGUGGAUUUAUCACGAUGUGGCUCAACGGUUGUAGAAAAAUUGCCAUCGACCUCGUCACCUUCGUCCGCUGCUCAGAACUUAUGAAAUUUUCUGCCUCCUUCUAAUUCUUCUAUCAGUCUGAAAUUAGAAUAAGUAAAUGAUGAAUCAAUUGUAGCAGCUCCUAAUCCUCUGUGUCUGCACUACCUGACUAAUUCUUGCAGGUAUUAGCAUGCAGUAGAUGCGCAUGCGCAACGGCUCAUCCUUAAUCUUCAACCUGCUGGCAAGAUAUAGAUAUUGGCCCUCAUGUUUGUCCUGUAGGUGAAACAAAACACACUUUCAUUGUCUUACUUAUAAUCUGCUUCUAAAAAAUAAUGGAGCUGACGGCCGUACUGGGUCCAAAAAGAACGAGCCAGCUUCACCAAGCAGCCUCGCGCCAUCAUCGCCAACUCGAUAUUUGACGAGGGCAAAUUACUCGGCACCAAACUUGCAGAAGCAUCUUGGAAGUACUCUAAUACUAGGCUCCACAAGCUUCGCCUGGCUCCAAAUUGAGCACUUCUUCGCCCACGGGCUGGGUAGUGCGCCGCGAUGGAUUGACUAUGGCGAGCCUGCUGGCACUCACGUACUUAGCUACGUCGAUCCAUGGGAGAGAAGCGGGCUGCUUUCGGUUUUUUGUUGCACUACCGGGAAGGUUCCGCAAAUUCUUCAGAAUUUGCAAGACCUUCACGGCAGUCCAACAAAAUCACUGGAAGAAAACCACCAGACACGCAUAAGGACCCGCAGGGCUUAGCCUAACGCUUAUAGCCGGCCCGCGGUGGCAGGCAAGAGCGAGGGCAGGGAGACCUUGACGGGCCAGGAAAAGGCAACGCAUGGCCGCGCUGGCUGGGUCUCUCUCCGUGCCAUUGUUGUGACUCUCUCCUUCGUCUUUCCUCGGUCAGAGAGGCGUCGCCUGCUGGGGGGGUGUCAGCUUCUCGGAAGACCGACGCCCUUCGUCAGGCUCAGGCCGACGCCUUUCGUCUGGCUGACGUCUUUCGUCAGGCUGAUGGCGUUUCGUGUGGUCGGCCAGAUCCAGAUGUCUUUCGUCAGUCUUCUUUCGUCAGACUUCUAUCCCCAACUUGCGUCCCUACGUACCCCUGCCGGGAAUUUUUCCAGCUUCUUUGCUGGAAGUUGUACUAUGCCUGCUUUCUCGUAGUUUUGUGCGAGAAAACGGUCGGAGACUACCGGGACUGAAGCUGGAGGGGAAGGGGUCGGAGCCUAUACAUAGGCAAGGACCUCGAGGAAGAUGCGACUAAUCUGGUGGGGUAGGCGGGGAGUUUUGUGGCGGUGAUCAGUGGGGUGAUUAGUCCUGGCGUGCUUCUUCAGCAGGGCUAUCAAAUAUACUAAUUCAGUUGCCCACUGCAAGAAUGGCCUGCUGCUCGCAGCUUUUUAGAUUUUUUUAGAAGUAAUAGAUACUCGUUGUUGGCCUUGCCCUUGUUGAUGUCGUGCACAUUGAUGCAUGGAGGUGAAUAUUAUGUAGUCUUUUUGGAUACGACAUUUUCAUUGCUUAUGUAGUUGUCCUUUAUCGCUUCUGAACAGCACGAACAUGAACAAACUGAUCAUACACAAAUGAAGAAGCAUCUACUCACUCUACCACGACCAGCCCAUCACCCACUUGGGAAUCUGCUAAUGCGGCAACGGAAAGAGCCAAAAUAUCCGCACCAGGCGUUCCCAUUUGGUUUCGGUGAGAUGCCCUUUCGCAGCAAAAGGAAAGGCGGAUCCAUCAUUAUGGCAAAGACUCGCGAUGGGCAUGUCGGCUCUUGUUGGCAUUUGAACUCUGAUUAUCGUAGGUCCCUACGUUGUUGGUGUACUUACAAACAUACAUCAUUGAUUAAAUUCCAAUUCGAAUGCCGUACCUCCUGACAAACAAGGCAGGGCUCCUAGGUGCAGCUGCUCUUGCUGUACAACAACUCUAAUAAAAACAUACCGACCACUGUCUUUCGCAAUAAGACGAAAGUACCUAUGGGCCUAGCAGGCAUGACCGAAAUGGCACGCGAUGCAGCACACACACACUUGGACCCAUAUUGCGUACAACUACUUACUCCUGUUUUAAGGGUAGGGUAAAGGUGCUUUUGUUCCCGCUUUUUAUGCCUUGCGGGGUCCACGAGCACCAAGACCCUACCUCUAACACUGUUUUCUUGUGCUAUUCGGUUUUUCGUGAUCAUGUGACCGUUGUUCAACAGUUCUUUUAUGUUUUGAAUUCCAGAUCAUCAAGAAGGAUCACAGUAGAUGGAUCAUCUUCCUCUGAGAAAAUCAAGUAAAUAAGCGACAUGAUGGAUCUUGAAGUUAUUUUUUGCACAUUUCUCAUUUUUAUACCAAAGAACACUCGUAACACUCCCUAUCACGACAGUCUGACCGCUAUGGCAAGAAGAAUUUCCACCUGUCGGAGCAUGCGAUGAAGGCGGCGGGCGCAAACAGCGUUUUAGAGCAGAUCGCAGAGCGACCACUUGAUGAUCUCGACCGUUUGGUCCUCAUAGACUGCAAAAAUGCGAGAUACAUGCAAUAAUUAACUCUAAGGUUCUGCAAGAGCUAGUAGUGUGAAAAACGAAAGUUAGUUAUACAUUCCGUUUCCGAGCCCUUCCGGUAAAAAAAAACGGGCUGGUGGUGCUGGUGGUAGUUUCUACGUCGCAAAGACCGACCAUUAUGGUCAUGAAGUAAUGAGCUUGCGCUUCACCUCAUCCCGUAGAGGUACAAAUUAAAUGUUUAUAGAGAUUGGUGCUGAUUAGAUUUGAAGUUGAUGAUCAUCAUCAUGUCAACAUGAUAGAUAAUAUUAUUUGGAAUCACUGUUAGCAGGAUACUUGUUGAUAGUUACACUUUUCUCUUUUCUAUCUUCCUCUGGUCUGUCUUUUUUCUAGUUAGGUCUGCUCCACCACAAUUAUUUGGAAUCACUGGCCCUGUCCGUGAAUUCUACUAUCCUACUGCUUGAUGUGUGUUAUCGUCUGUACGAGGCGAGAAGGUUUCUUAGAGCUUGGUGUUAUCAUGUGGCUGUAGGUGAUUCGGGGCUAAGAACUGGGAGCAGUACACCAACCAACGACAAACAAGAGAAACGACUGGGCUACUGCGAGCACACGAUCUGUCCAACUACCAGUACUAAUUAGUUGUGGUUAAUGAUGGUCUAAAUCUGAUAAGAAACCUUUCUUUUGGUCCUCCAUCAAAAUAAUAGCAGCACCAUCCGUGGUGAGGAAAACCAGGCUCGUUUCAAC